GUUCAACAUAUAUAUGGCUCUCGUUCCGCCUUCGGUUCCUAUUUGCCAUUAAUUAGGGUUUUCGAGCAGGCCUCGCCGACGUCCAGCCGUCAUGGUGAACGUUCCCAAGACAAAGAAGACUUAUUGCAAGAGCAAGGAGUGCAAGAAGCACACCUUGCACAAGGUCACACAAUAUAAGAAGGGGAAGGAUAGUCUUGCUGCACAGGGAAAGCGUCGGUACGAUCGCAAACAAUCAGGAUAUGGAGGUCAGACCAAGCCUGUGUUUCACAAGAAGGCAAAAACUACCAAGAAGAUUGUGUUGAGACUGCAAUGCCAAGGUUGCAAACACGUAUCCCAGCACGCUAUCAAGAGAUGCAAGCACUUCGAAAUCGGUGGAGACAAGAAGGGGAAGGGAACUUCUCUUUUCUAGACCCUUCAUCAGUUUUUAUCUUUUGUCAUUUCUUUUUCGUAAGAUCAGUUAUGGAGAUUUUGCAGCAUUACUCUGUUUUGUUCAUGAAUUAGCUCUACAUGUCCUAACGAUACUAUUUAGCUGAAACUUUCUCAUAUUUAUUGUUGAAUUUUCAAAGUUUUGAUGCUCUUCGUUUGA